GGAGCAAAGAGGCCCCCACCCCUGCCCCCGCAAUGCGUGUAUAAAACGGGGCCCGGGGCUGCCGCUCAACUCACCCAUCCAUUCCACCUCCGUUCACCCCGUCCAUUUGAUUUGCGUUCACUGCGUUGCGUUUCCUUGGAGGGGAUUGUUCUCUCCUCUCCUUUGGAUUGGAGGUCCCUCCUUCUUCUCCUCUCUCUCUCAGAGGAAGGUAAUGCAAUGGGGGUGCUCUAGCCCUCUCCUCCUCUGCUCCUGCCGUCCUGCGUGGGUGCGUGCGUGGACGCUGGUCUGCUGUCCUGCUCCGGGCGAAAUGCCGCCGCCGCUCGCCGUGACUGAUGCUCCUCCUCCUGGUCGUGUCCGAACGCGCCGGACGGUGCCGCCGGUAGCAUGUAGGAACUAUACGCUCCGCUCGGACCUGGUCAUGAUCGAUCGAUGGUGUAGGGGAGGUCAUGCCGAAUUUUUUCGCCCGGUUCUCUGAACCUGCCGCCACUCUGCAGGCGGGGGAGGUGCUGCCUCUGCAUGCAGUUGCUUUCCUUGCAGCUAUAGCCAAAACAAACAAAACAAAAGACGGGUUUUUUUACGGCUGUUGUACCAGCCUACCAGGGGAUAGCUAGCGACUAGCGUCCGUGAGAUCCAGAGAACUAUUGUCUGCCACUUGACGAGAUCCUAGGGGAGCGGAGGGAGCCUGCUUAUCCGCGCAGGAACGACGGUGUUAGCUUCUGGAUCUGGGGUUUACUGAGCACCAAGGCUCUUGCAAACUCCGGGUUUAAGGUUUCAUAUAUAUAUAUUUUUUGCAUACUCCCGAGUUGGUACCAGAACGCUAGUAGAUCCGGCGCUUCUUUGUUUCCUCUUUAAUUAACCAAUAUUUUUGCAAGAAAUAUUUCUGUGACGAUUUUCCUCGGAUAAGUUGUUGCCUUGUUGGCUUUAUCCGUCCGGAUGCCCCGCCAUGUGCUCCUUGUCUCGGGACUCGGAGACAGGCUGACAGUCCUGGGUUCUUGUGCUAAUGGCCAUGGUUAACUUACGUUAAUCCUGCGCCUUAUUAUCAUCAUCUAGGUGUAAUUACUUCCGUUUGUGCUAAUCACCUCGUGAUUGCCUGCAAUAAGGAACCCCAGCCCCCCCACCUUGCUGAUGCCGUGCUUUUCUAGAGAAGUACCCUGCCGCGUCACGCUUCGUCCUCGCCUGCUUUGGAUUCAACGGCUUUUUGGAGGCCGAGGCCAUUGGUGCCAUGCGGCCAGCCCUUUUCUUCUCCAUGGUUCCCAUCGAUGUGUUUUUGUUCGGUUCUCUCGUCAGAUCUGUAUAAAUAGGCGCCUCCCUUCUCCGCCAUUCCUCGGUCCUCUGAAGCGUUUCAGUUCAUCGAUUCAGUUCUUGCCUGAGGAUCCAGGAAGAGGACAGCAAUGGGGGAAGGUGCAGGUGACCGUGUCCUGAGCCGCCUCCACAGCGUCAGGGAGCGCAUUGGCGACUCACUCUCUGCCCACCCCAAUGAGCUUGUCGCCGUCUUCACCAGGCUGAAAAACCUUGGAAAGGGUAUGCUGCAGCCCCACCAGAUCAUUGCCGAGUACAACAAUGCGAUCCCUGAGGCUGAGCGCGAGAAGCUCAAGGAUGGUGCUUUUGAGGAUGUCCUGAGGGCAGCUCAGGAGGCGAUUGUCAUCCCCCCAUGGGUUGCACUUGCCAUCCGCCCUAGGCCUGGUGUCUGGGAGUAUGUGAGGGUCAACGUCAGUGAGCUCGCUGUUGAGGAGCUGAGAGUUCCUGAGUACCUGCAGUUCAAGGAACAGCUUGUGGAAGAAGGCCCCAACAACAACUUUGUUCUUGAGCUGGACUUUGAGCCAUUCAAUGCCUCCUUCCCCCGUCCUUCUCUGUCAAAGUCCAUUGGCAAUGGCGUGCAGUUCCUCAACAGGCACCUGUCAUCAAAGCUCUUCCAUGACAAGGAGAGCAUGUACCCCUUGCUCAACUUCCUUCGCGCCCACAACUACAAGGGGAUGACCAUGAUGUUGAACGACAGAAUCCGCAGUCUCAGUGCUCUGCAAGGUGCGCUGAGGAAGGCUGAGGAGCACCUGUCCACCCUACAAGCUGAUACCCCAUACUCUGAAUUUCACCACAGGUUCCAGGAACUUGGUCUGGAGAAGGGUUGGGGUGAUUGCGCUAAGCGUGCACAGGAGACUAUCCACCUCCUCUUGGACCUCCUGGAGGCCCCAGAUCCGUCCACCCUGGAGAAGUUCCUUGGAACGAUCCCCAUGGUGUUCAAUGUCGUUAUCCUCUCCCCUCAUGGUUACUUCGCUCAAGCUAAUGUCUUGGGUUACCCUGACACCGGAGGCCAGGUUGUCUACAUCUUGGAUCAAGUGCGCGCUAUGGAGAACGAAAUGCUGCUGAGGAUCAAGCAGUGUGGUCUUGACAUCACGCCGAAGAUCCUUAUUGUCACCAGGUUGCUCCCUGAUGCAACUGGCACCACCUGUGGCCAGCGCCUUGAGAAGGUCCUUGGCACCGAGCACUGCCAUAUCCUUCGCGUGCCAUUCAGAACAGAAAACGGAAUCGUUCGCAAGUGGAUCUCGCGAUUUGAAGUCUGGCCGUACCUGGAGACUUACACUGAUGACGUGGCGCAUGAGAUUGCUGGAGAGCUUCAGGCCAAUCCUGACCUGAUCAUCGGAAACUACAGUGACGGAAACCUUGUUGCGUGUUUGCUCGCCCACAAGAUGGGUGUUACUCACUGUACCAUUGCCCAUGCGCUUGAGAAAACUAAGUACCCUAACUCCGACCUCUACUGGAAGAAGUUUGAGGAUCACUACCACUUCUCGUGCCAGUUCACCACUGACUUGAUUGCAAUGAACCAUGCCGACUUCAUCAUCACCAGUACCUUCCAAGAGAUCGCCGGAAACAAGGACACCGUCGGCCAGUACGAGUCACACAUGGCGUUCACAAUGCCUGGCCUGUACCGCGUUGUCCACGGCAUUGAUGUGUUCGACCCCAAGUUCAACAUCGUGUCUCCUGGCGCGGACCUGUCCAUCUACUUCCCGUACACCGAGUCGCACAAGAGGCUGACCUCCCUUCACCCGGAGAUUGAGGAGCUCCUGUACAGCCAAACCGAGAACACGGAGCACAAGUUCGUUCUGAACGACAGGAACAAGCCAAUCAUCUUCUCCAUGGCUCGUCUCGACCGUGUGAAGAACUUGACUGGGCUGGUGGAGCUGUACGGCCGGAACAAGCGGCUGCAGGAGCUGGUGAACCUCGUGGUCGUCUGCGGCGACCAUGGCAACCCUUCCAAGGACAAGGAGGAGCAGGCCGAGUUCAAGAAGAUGUUUGACCUCAUCGAGCAGUACAACCUGAACGGGCACAUCCGCUGGAUCUCCGCCCAGAUGAACCGCGUCCGCAACGGCGAGCUGUACCGCUACAUCUGCGACACCAAGGGCGCCUUCGUGCAGCCUGCUUUCUACGAGGCUUUCGGGCUGACGGUGGUUGAGGCCAUGACCUGCGGCCUGCCCACGUUUGCCACAGCCUACGGCGGUCCGGCCGAGAUCAUCGUGCACGGCGUGUCUGGCUACCACAUCGACCCUUACCAGGGCGACAAGGCGUCGGCCCUGCUCGUGGACUUCUUCGACAAGUGCCAGGCGGACCCGAGCCACUGGAGCAAGAUCUCCCAGGGCGGGCUCCAGCGUAUCGAGGAGAAGUACACCUGGAAGCUCUACUCGGAGAGGCUGAUGACCCUCACCGGCGUGUACGGGUUCUGGAAGUACGUGUCCAACCUGGAGAGGCGCGAGACCCGGCGGUACCUGGAGAUGCUGUACGCGCUCAAGUACCGCACCAUGGCGAGCACCGUGCCGCUGGCCGUGGAGGGAGAGCCCUCCAGCAAGUGAUGCGCGACGGCGGCCACAGACCUGAUCGAUCGAUGAGCGAGAGGGAGCACUCGGAGUGUCGUGUCUUUUCCCUUGCCAUUUCUUUCUUUUUUUCCCUUCCCGGAGGCGAAAAAAAGAGUCUGCUUUUGCUAGGCGGCGGGCGUUCGUUGCUGCUCUUUGCUUCAAGAGUUAAAUUUACCUACCUUGUCAAGGUCUUGUUCCAUCAUUGAUCCGGGUGUCGCUUUUUUAGUAGUCUGAUGGACUGUUAGUAGUUUGCGUUGCGUCGGUUGAGAGGGAACGUUGGUGGUGGUGGUGUGUGUGCAGUCAGGCGUGGUGCUCCCUUUGUUUCCUGGAUGGGAUGUUGCUCCUUGAAUAAUAAUCGUAGUGGCCUUGGAGCCCUUUUCCUGAAAUAAGAGCAGCAUCCUAGUGCUUACCUUUGCAGCUGUAACUGGUGUUUGCCUCAGGAUUUUUGCU